AUGGUUGUUACUUCUCGCUCACUGCUGCAAUUUCUCAUCGUUGAUGUAAUUUCGCCCCCUGCUAUCUCUGUUUCCCCGGGUUUUUGGUAUAUAGAGAACCACGAACCAAGCACGUACCACAACACAACUUCAACAAAUCGGCUGAGCCCCACACGAGCCGUCGAAUUUUCGUCUCCGUUCCGAAGCUCGACGACCUUUAUUGGCGGCCACAAGUCCCUCGUUCGGCCUCGACCCACGGAUUAG